AUGUCGCCGGAGCAAGUUCGAAAAGCUUUUAUUUGUGAGAAACACUUCGAACAGCGGUUUGUUUCGGCAUCGACACGGCGUCUCAACGCGAAGGCUUAUCCUUCGUUAUUCAGUCAAGAUGAGAUUAACAGUGGGAUCCCAUCUCAUGAAAAUGCCGAAAACAUGGAUCCGCUGAAAGAACAUGUAUAUGUUCGUAAAUCACAUGACGACCACACAUACUGUCAACAAGUGCCUCAAAAAGCGUCUCCUGCCAUUCCAUCCACAUCGGGGGUUAAAUCAACCGCAGUGGGCCAUACACCAAAACAGACUAUGGCCGUUUCUAUAGCCACAGAACCUGUCCCGACAACUUCAGACAUUGAAAAGGAGACCAUGCCCGAACUAUGCAGCAGCUUUAUUACAGAACUUGUUGUAGCUGAGAAGGUUACAGCUUGUAUUUCACCUAGUGUACAGUCACACAAUGAAGCAGUCUUUGUAACAACUGCUGAAGCUGCAAUCAAACAAUCAAAUGCUGAAGAGCAGCAGAUUUUGCCAGAAGCAAAUAUUCCAGAAUGUGUUGCGGUUGAGGAGGUUACCUCUACCAAUUCACCAAGGGAACAGUCUCAAGUUCAAAGUGUUGUUGAAGUUAAAGUUCAAAGUGCGAAAAGGCCACAGAAGCAGAGGAAACGAUUGAUUGGGAAAUUAAUGAACCUGACACCAACGGGCCGAAUGAUAUACGACGAAUAUAAAAAAUCUAAACGUCAGGCAGAUUUUUACCACAGGGCUAAGAGGGCCUUGAAAUUCAACAAAGAGAAAUCCUUUCAAGAAUUGACAAAAGACAUGAAUCCGUAUGCGAAAACUAUUUUGAAAAUGCAAAUCAACCUUUGCAAUAAAAAUAAGAAAGGGCGUCGAUUUUCAUUGGAAGAAAAACUAAUAGCACUGUCGAUAAUGAAACAAAGCCCUAAGUGCUAUAGGUUCCUGCACAAAAUUUUUAUCCUGCCGUCGCGAUCGACUCUAAAUAAAAUGGUUGCAGGACUUAAGAUCGAGUCUGGGAUUUGUCCUCAAGUAUUUGAAGUAAUAAGAAGAGAGGUAUGUAUCUACGUCAUAAAAUCUUAGGAUCUACAUUAAGUAAUUGAUAACUGAGUUAAACAAUAUCAUGAAAUCAUAAUUUUUAAUAAAAAAUACAUU